UUCCUAUUUUGUUUAUUAUUAGAGAAUUGUGUGAAUUGCGACGACGCCUGGAUGAAAAGUAAGAUCGAGUACUUACAAAUUAAUUUUAAACGGAGACAAACAAAUAUUUUUUUAUAUUUUUCAUAUUUCAGUCAAUUGAACAGAAUUCAACUUCGCGCAUUACGGGAUGCAUCGAACCCCUUCGAAUUGCCUGAGAAUACAUUUCGUCAAAUAUUUGUUCUGACUCCAAAUUUGGCAUUGGAUUUAAUUGACCAGCUAAAAUCUUGGGAUUCAUCGAAUAAUUUCGAAUCAGAAGUAAUUCCAUUUCAUCUUAAGGUUUUGUCCACUUUACAUUUUUAUGGCAAAGGGUCCUACCAAGUCUCAGUCGGUAGGAAUAAUAUGUGCAACAUGAGUCAGGCUACAGUUUCUCGGUGCAUCUCAUAUAUUUCUGGACUCAUUGAUGACCACUUGGCAGAUCAAUUUAUUAAAUUUCCAACAUCCCAGGACGAAAAAAGAUCUAUCUCUGCGGGAUUCCAGGAACAAUUUGAUUUGAAUAAUAUUAUAGGCUCCAUCGACUGUACACACAUCGCUAUUGUUGCUCCGCCACAAAAUGAUCCUGUUCGUCCCGCCAGACUGUAUAGAAACAGGAAACAUUAUACCAGCAUAAAUGUCGGGGCUAUAUGCGAUUCAAAUCUGUUAUUUACGUGGGUUAAUGCUUCAUUUCCAGGCUCAACUCACGAUAGCGGAAUUUGGAGUAAAUCGCCUGUUCGAAAUCAUCUAUUAAAUAGUCAAGAAUUUAUCCUUUUAGCUGACAGAGGAUACCCUCUCGAGCCAUUUAUUUUCACGCCAUAUGCUGAUCCUGCUACACGAGCUCAACACAAAUUUAAUAGACUUCAUAAUCUAGGAAGGAAAGUAAUUGAACGCGCAUUCGGCAUUUUGAAGUCGAAAUUUAGAUGUCUUCUAAAACACAGAACUCUACACUAUUAUCCUACAACAGCUGGAAAAAUUAUUAACUCUUGUUUCACACUUUAUAAUUACAUGAAAUUGAGAGGUGUUCAGUUCGAUGAUAGCGAAAUUGAAGAAAUAAAUGAUGAUCAUAAUCCUGUUGAGCAAGGACAGCUUUAUGCAAUCGCUCUUGAAUUGAGAGAGGAAUAUGCAAAUGCUUUAUAAAAGAAAAAAUGAACUAAAACUUUAAUAUCACUUUUUUAUUUCACUGAAGAAUACUUAUUUUAAAUUAACACUAAA